AUGGCUUUUGCAAAUCCACAAAGUCAAAGGGCGUCUUCUUCUUCAUCUUCCUUUUCUAUUCGUGGAUGGAAUUACGAUACCCGCCAUAAUUUUACAGAUCAUCUAGACAGAACUUUGAAUCAGAAAGGGAUUCGUACCUUUAGGGAUGAUGAAGAGCUUCCAAGAGGAGAAGAGAUUGCAGCAGAACUUUUAAAAGCUAUUGAAGAGUCAAGGAUUUGCCUCAUAAUUCUGUCGGAGUGUUUGGAAGAACUGACAAAGAUCAUGGAUUGCGGGGAGCAAAUGGGAAAAUUAGUUUUUCCGAUUUUCUACCACGUGGAACUAUUGCAUGUGCGAGGACAGAUUCGGAGUUUUGGAGAAGCUUAA